GUUUUUUUUAAGAGCAAAUAAAAUAUCCCGUUUAUUAACACGGGUGCCAGGAUGCACCCAUUCCUUUUGUGCGCAACCUCUUCAGUUUUUAAGGCUGACAGAUAAACAUACUAUAUAGUUCUGAUUAGCUAUGUUACUACAAUACAAAAUUUGAGUCAUGGGGUCGAGUCUAUUCACUUCAAUUGUAUAAAAUGUGAUUCUGUGUUUUCUGCAUUUGAUUGCUUACUUAUUUUUACAAAUGUUUUACAGAUCGUUGUAGAGCACAGCCCUGUUCACAUCGCAUUUGCGAGUGCAAUGGAAGACGGCAACCCUGAAGAGGCGCUGGAUAUUCUUCGACUUAACGUUGGAGGUCAUGUGUUCGUGGCCCGGCGUGAGUCUCUGUGUCGCUUUAAGGACUCAAUGCUAGCAUCUAUGUUCAGUGGACGUUUUCCUCUAAAAAUGGAUGAAUCUGGGGCUUGUCUUAUUGAUCGAGAUGGAAACCUGUUUAAAUAUCUUUUAGAUUAUCUUCAUGGAGAAGUUCAUAUUCCUGAAGAUGAACAAACAUUAACUGCAUUGCAGGAAGAGGCAGAUUAUUUUGGCAUCCCUUAUCCUUACAGUCUGUCUGACCAUUUGGCCAAUGAAAUGGAGACAUAUUCUUUAAGGUCAAAUAUAGAACUUAAAAAGGCCUUGAUAGACUUCUGUGAUUCUUAUGGUUUAGUCUGCAUCAAGCCUACAGUUUGGGUUCUGCAUUAUCUCAACACCUCCGGAGCAAGCUGUGAGAGUAAGAUUAUUGGUGUGUAUGCCACAAAAGCUGAUGGAAUGGAUGCAAUUGAGAAGGAGCUGGGAGGAAAAAUUCAUAGUAAAAACAUUUAUAAAAGAGAAGCUGGAAAUAAUGUCCAAUACAUCUGGAGCUAUUAUUCAGUAGCUGAACUGAAAAAGAUGAUGGAUGCUUUUGAUGCCUGGGAAGGGAGAGGUGUCAGUUACUGGAGAGUGCCCCAGGAACUGAUAGAAUGCUGGACUCUGGAGGAACGCGCUUUGAAAGGAGCUCUACAUCAUAUGUCUCCUGUUCGCAAAAGACGACUAAUAGACUCUACAGAAGAAGAUGACAAUCUACCCUGUAAAGCAGGUCCUAAACGAAUUAGAUUUUCAGGUCCUUCAACAAGCACUCAGAUCAAAGUCAAGAACUCUGCUUCAUUAAAAUUAGUGGCCUAUGAUACUCCUUCACAUUCUGUUCUUAAACCAUGCAGCACUGAUAGUGUGUUACAACCCAGAACAGCACUAGAAACUGCACCUGCAACGUGCCGAAUAUUUACAAAUUCUCAGGCAUCUUGUGGAACUCAGAAUAUUGAAAAUGGAGCAACACGGCAAGCUGCUUCCAAGACGUCAUUGUCUAAGAAGCCUAUAUCAAAUCGAGUUGUAAAACUGAAGCGGACUCCACUAUGCAUUGUGUUACCAUCUCAAUCAUCUUCCUCUGUUUUGAAUAACACAAGUGAACAGGAGGUGCAGGCGGUUGGAAUUCCUGCAACUUCCAUGUCGCUAAGUAACAAAGAAUCAGUUAGAUCCACAGAGCAUCUAAAGCUCAAGAGUAAAAUGGAGAUUGAUAUAAUAGAUGAUAACAUUUAACUGCUAAAUUCUUGGAGCACAUUUCCUGGCAUGACUUUCUAACAGAAAAGCUUCUGACCAAGCUAUCAAGAAGCAAACAUAUGUCCUGGCUUAUAAUUUACUAGAAGAGCUGGUAGGAAAUUGAGAGAAAAAUAGUGUAAAUUUUAGAGAGAAAAGGUUUGGAAAGCAUGGUAAGUUGAGAGGAGUUUUCCUGGUCUAGUUCUUAAUGUUUUUGGAGAGGACUACAUUUUUUUUAAACCAGUUUUGUAGUACAUUGUCAUGGUAUUGUUCUUUUUAAAAAUGUACAGAUACAGAUAAACCAGACCUGGAUGUCCUACUUGAAAAUACAUCCCAGAUUAAAAAACAGCAUGAAGUCAUAGAUUUAAAAACAUUUUCAACUUGGGGAAAAACAGACUAUGGUCAUUAGUAAUACAGGAUCCACAUGCAGAUUAAAACUUAAUUUUAAACUCUCCAGGGGUAUAAAAUAUCAGGCCUUACAAAGGUAUCGAAGCCACAAAGAGUAAAUGCAUAAAUUAUGGCUUUACAGGGCUUUCAGCAGUUUUCAGAAGGCUAAAAGGAGUCAGCCUUGCAUGUAGAAUUAGAAAUUAUAAGGGGAACAAAGGCUUGUUUUGAAAGCAACAACCAAGAAAUAGAUGUAUAAAUUCCUUAGGGAGCAUGAUCCAUGUACUGCAAACAUCAGCCCAAGCUAGCUGAUUUUACAUGCUAUUUCUUUAGCAUUGUAGACCGUGCCUGGUGUCACAUUACUGCAGUCUACUGUGUCCUAUAAUUGCAGAAAGUCUCUUAGGCCUGACUCAGCCCUCCUUGCUUUGUUCUACCUUGUGUACCUUUGUGGAUGACCAGCUGUAAAUGAGCAAGGACAAUCCAAUCUCUACCUACAUUGAGGCAGUGUAGUAUUAGAGCCCUGCUUAGUGAAAACAGGUAAAUAAAAAAGUCAUCCAAGGGGGAGGGAUGAAGGACAGACGGGGCUGAAUUGCUCUUGAACAUUUAGAUCAAUAUUGUAUAAUGUUAACUUUUGUGUUCCAAGAACUGAGCCUCUAAAAGAAAACAAUAGGUAUAAAAUUUAGCAAUACUGCUGUUCUCUUGGGAUCAUCUUAUGUUUUGAAAGCUAGCUUCCAUCUUUAAUUGCCCAUGGUAGACACUUAUUGUUUAAUGAAAUUUUAGAUUUUAUAGAAAACAUGGUAUAAAGAUGCUAAAAUUGCUCAACUUGCCCUUUCCUUGCACAUAAAAAUUUUCCAUUGGUGCUAAAGGUCCAAACUAUUCCUAGAACGGAGUUAGAAUAAAAAUCAGUUUUAAAAAUAGAUAUUCCAUUUUGUGCAUUCUUUACUUCAUUCUCUAAUUGAAUUAAUAACUGAGGAAAUGUUAUAGAAAGAUAAAACAUCUUAAAGAGUGAUUCCCAUCUCAUCAUUUGAGGUGCUUUAAAAGGUUUAUAAAAACAUAAAUAAAGCUUGGCAAUAGUUUGGAUGCAUUUUACACAGAAAAAUGUUUAAGGAAAAAUCUUGUGGGAUUUUUUGUGCUGGCUUUAGUUCAUUAUUUUUGCUUUAGAUCUUCCCUGGUAGCAAAGGCGUGUUUUCCCCCCCCCCCCCAAGUAUUAUUUAUAAUAGCCUUUAAAAGUAGUUGUCUUGUUGUAACAUUGUACAGACUUCCUGUAAAAAAACGGCCCUAACUCAAGGGUUUAGAGAUUAUAUGUUGAAAAAGCUCAACAGGUAGGUGAAACAGUCAAGCAGACUACAGGCUGUCAGAAAAUAGAACAGGAAGAUUUUUUUAAAAUGGAUUAAUUCUAAUGCCCCAUUGACUCCAUUGGAAGUUGGAUCAAGCCCAUUGUUAAUGAACGACAUGCUUUCUUGUAACCAAACAAAUGCAUAUUUGCAGCCAACUUUGUAGAAUGGAAUAAGCACAAUAUUUCAUCAUUGUUACACCAAUGUGUGUAUUGUUGGUACGUUUCAUGGUUGAAUAAUUUUGAACAUUAAUUUUAGUUUAAUAUAUUAAUUAAUUCUGACAAUCUGUGAGAAAUGGGCCUAUUCAGGGGAAGAAGCAACAGCACCUAAUGGCCACCUGUAAGCAUUGCAGCCUGAAACCUGCUGGUUCAGAAAAGUUGUCAUUUUGGCAUAGGUCACAUGCUCUGCAUUUUGGAAUGGAGAGACAUUAAGCAGCAUUGCCACAAAUAAAAGAAUUUUCUCUCGAGUUUUUGCCCAUCUUUGGUUUCCCACCUUCCUUUUAAGUGCAGCAAAUGACCUGGGGUCUUGGAAGUCUGCUGUAGUUUUUUUAAAAUCAAAUUAUUCUGUUUUGGCAAAGGGAAUCCUAUAUGGUAUGGUAUGGUAUAUCUGCUUCCAGAAACCUUGCCACAGAUACAUUGUACAUGCUGGAUAACUUGAAAGAUUGGGGGAAAUUUUAUAUGAACUACAAUUCUUCAGCUGGAUUUGAUACAAGUUUCCUCAUAGCCUGUUUAGUAAUCGGCUUAUUUUUAUAUUAAUAAAAUUUUCCCUCUUAUUAAAAAGAAAUUAUUCAGUGAGAAAGUAACCCCAGUUUAACUAUGUUACGCCGACUACUAAUGUCAAAUGCAGUGAUGUAUGAAAUAUAUGUGCCUGGUUAGCUGAUGAAUUAAACAAUACAUUCAUCAUUCUAAUUAACAUUCUCUAUUCACUC